AUAUUUAGUUCCAUUUUAACUGUUAGCUAGAGAAUACUCUACAAGCAACAUUUUAAUUCACUAAUUUCACCCACAAACAUAAGCAAAAUGCAACGUUGGAAUAAUCGUGUCGCUGUAGUCACCGGCGCUAGUUCGGGCAUUGGUGCCGCAUGUGUUAAAUACCUGGCCGAUAACGGUAUGAUCACCGUCGGUUUGGCACGACGUAAGGAACGCGUUGAGGAAUUAAAAACCGGUUCGAAUUCAGAUCGCAUACACGCCAUUCGUUGCGAUGUGCAAAAAGAAGAGGACGUUAUAGCCGCAUUCAAGGAGAUCGAGGAAAAGUAUGGGCCAGUAUCCGUGCUUGUUAACAAUGCGGGUAUUGUGCGUACAAGUGAUUUGCUCAAAGAAGGCAAUACAGAGGAUAUCCGCGCUGUGAUUGAGACUAAUGUUUUGGGCAUUGUGUGGUGCACACGCGAAGCCUUUCGUUCGAUGAAGCAGUCACCGAAUGGCGAUGGGCAUGUAUUUCUUAUCAACAGCGUAGCUGGUCAUAAUGUGCCGUUUAUACCGAAUAUAUCGUUAAACAUAUAUUCGCCUUCGAAAUAUGCCGUCACCGCCUUGACAGAGAUGUAUCGUCAGGAGUUCCUCAAUAAUGAGACAAAAAUUAAAAUUACUAGUAUUAGUCCUGGCGCGGUUUCCACAGAAAUUAUUUCCGAAAAUGUGAAAAAAAUUAUAGGUUCAAAAAUACUUGCACCGGAAGAUGUGGCUGAUGCUUUAAUUUAUUGUCUGCAGACACCACCAAAUGUGCAGAUACACGAACUGACCAUAAAGCCAAUUGGCGAAACUUUCUAAACGCUAAAUAAACUGUGACCUACUUAUAAAAAUGUGUGUUAAAUAUGUUUUAAUAUAAAAGUAUAUGAUUUUAUUUAUUCAUUGUUCAGUCCAAAAAAAAAAUAUAUUUAAAUA